CAGGAAAAAUGAAAGUGGAAUAUUUCGCGUGGCAUUGUUGGGUACAGAGACUGGUUCGUGAUUCCAGGAUGGAGAGCUUGGCUCCCUUUUUCAAGGCUCGUGCCCUAUCUGUGUACAGUACUGUCGAGACAUGUCAUGUCAUGUCCAGCAAUGCAUUCACUGCCAGGUUCGUGCCAGAUAAUGCCAUCAAUUGAUUCAGAUAUUAUUAGACUUGUCUUAGCUAUUGUGCGAAACGAAUUUUGAUCAUCGUUUGUGAUGUUACGUUUGGUAUUAUUCUCCUUCUACUAAUUACUUAUAUUAAAUUCUCGACCGGCUUCACUGUCCUUGGAGAUAUUUCUUGAUUCUUGCUAUUCUUGAACAUCAGUCUGUCGUUCUUUGACUACUAUUCAUUCGUUAGAUCAACACCAUGCGUCUCUCGCUUGUUCUGUCUCUGAUGCCUUUGGCAGGCUUUGUUGGAGCUCUCCAUGUCACCGAGCCCGAGAAGGGUGCUGAUAUCAAGGCUUCCGACUCUCUCACUGUCAAGUGGACUUAUGUCAACACCGACGCUAAGACCUUCAACCUCUACCUCGUCAACAACGCUGCCUAUCCUCCCGUUAGCGAGAAGAUUGCUACCGAUGUCAAGACUUCUGAUGGCUCGUACACCAUCGACAGCCUCACUGGCGUCACUGCCGGCCAUGGCUUCCAGAUCAACCUCCAGUCCGACGAGACCAUGAACACUGGUAUCCUCGCUCAGUCCGAGCAGUUCAACGUGACUGGCUCCGCUCAGAGCUCCUCCACUUCUAGCUCUUCUACUACUUCCUCCUCCUCCUCCUCCUCCUCCUCCUCCUCCUCCACUACCUCCGGCACUUCCACCGGUUCGACCUCUACCACGGGUACCGCUACUACUACCAACACCUUGGUGACCAGCGUUACUGGCACCGCCACUGGUUCUCAGACUACCGGCGCUUCCGGCGCGGCUUCGUCCACUGGUGCUUCUGCUAGCGGUACCUCCUCGCAGACCGCCGUUCCUUCUACCGGUGCUGCUGCCGCUGUCAUGGCUCACCCCGCAGCUGCCGCUGGUCUUCUGGCUGGCGCUGGUGCUUUGGUCUUUGCCCUGUAGGCCUGUUGAAAAGACAGCUAUGGGUAAGAAGUGGUCAAUAGGCCAGUCUCUAGGUGAAGAGGGGAAGGAGAACAAUCAACGUUGUUAUGUGUGUGGAGGAGAGUUAGAUGGGGUUGAAGUGGAAUAGAGAUAUACUCGGAAUUAAUGAUAGAUAGAGUCGCUUUUCUUUUGGUCUUCAUUUCUGGUUCUAUUAUUCACUUGCUGUUGAUACCCUUCUGGAGGUUGAUACUAAUAACUCUUAUACAAUAAUUACAAUCACGAUCAUGGCCUGACGCUUCGAAGGCGCGACGAAUAUGUCCUCGCCUCACAGAUGACUGUCUAUCAAGCACCACACAUGGUAUUCUUAGGCACUAUAUCUCGAUUCUUGACUAUACCUCUCCUUACUAAUUUGCUCCGAUGGGUAGUUCCUUCUUCAUAUUUGAUUCCGUUAUCUGCCUCCUUAAGGUUGUUGGCGUCUGUAAUUGAGCUGCAGCAAGUCCAACACAACUCCUCUUCUCACGCUAUCAAUAGAACAAAAACUGUUCAAAAAUGAUAAUCUAGCCAGAAAUUUCGCUCUCUCGGCCGAAUAUAAUGGUUGACGCUUUUAC